GCCGAGGGAACGAGCGGGGGAUGAGGAGCGGCGGCGGCGAAAGGAGCAGCCCGGGCCGGCCGGGGGAGGCAGGCAGGCAGGCGAGAGGUGGCGCAGCUUUGAAGAUGUGAGCAUACAGUCAUGAAAACCUUUGUAAUUUACAAAUUUGCUGAAACAUAUUUUAAAAAUAUGACCGAAAACAUGGAAGUCAGUUGAGAAAAUUGCAUAUCUCAUGGAAAACGUCAAGAUUAUGGACAGAAUCUGUAGGCCAAGCAUGGCUUUCGCCCAGUCGCACAUUAUGAUGGCUCGAAGGCAUCAACACAGCAGACUCAUCGUUGAAGUGGAUGAAUACAGCACAAACCCAACACAGGCAUUCACGUUCUACAACAUUAAUCAGGGACGUUUCCAGCCUCCGCAUGUGCAAAUGGUGGAUCCUGUACCACAUGAUGCUCCCAAGCCUCCAGGAUACACACGAUUUGUCUGCAUAUCUGAUACUCAUUCUAGAACAGAUGCAAUCCAAAUGCCAUAUGGAGAUGUCUUAAUUCAUGCUGGUGAUUUCACUGAACUGGGACUUCCUAGUGAAGUUAAAAAAUUCAAUGAGUGGUUAGGCAGCCUACCAUAUGAAUACAAGAUUGUGAUAGCAGGCAAUCAUGAACUGACAUUUGAUCAAGAGUUCAUGGCAGACUUAAUCAAGCAGGACUUUUACUAUUUCCCCUCUGUAUCCAAGCUGAAACCAGAAAACUAUGAAAAUGUACAGGCCCUCCUAACAAACUGCAUAUACCUGCAAGAUUCAGAAGUGACAGUCAGAGGCUUCAGGAUAUAUGGCUCCCCUUGGCAACCUUGGUUUUAUGGCUGGGGCUUCAAUCUUCCACGAGGCCAAGCACUCUUAGAGAAAUGGAAUCUCAUUCCAGACGGAAUCGAUAUUCUUAUAACACACGGACCACCUCUUGGUUUCCUAGAUUGGGUUCCCAAGAAAAUGCAAAGAGUGGGGUGUGUUGAGCUGCUGAAUACAGUCCAGAGGCGAAUACAACCUCGUCUUCAUGUUUUUGGACACAUCCACGAAGGUUAUGGCGUGAUGGCUGAUGGAAGUACAACAUAUGUGAAUGCCUCUGUGUGCACAGUGAAUUAUCAGCCGCUGAAUCCUCCUAUAGUUAUUGAUUUGCCUACUCCAAGGAACACAUGAUUGUUGCAUGACAUUGACCGGGAGUCUGCAGUACAACAUUCGCAGCUUUGUGUCCCCUGCAAAGCAUGUGCAAAAUUACACAAAUACUUUUUAUGGACAACCUGGAGAAGUAUGAAUGGAUGAAGGGCAAAGGCAAUUUGGGAUAAAGGUCUUCUAGAAGUGCUUUAAGGAAUCUAGCAUUUUACAUUUUAAAAGAACUUUUUAGUACAAUCAUCAUACAGAGAUACAUUGGUACUUUUGUAUGUAUUAUGUAUCAUAUUAAGCUUACUAAAGGGAAAUUGCUUCUUCAACAAAAUGAUGUUAUAAAUGUUUACAGUUUUGAUGUGUUAAAUGCAGACAUUUAUUCAUUCAAAGAUGUCUAAAUCAAAUGAACAAGUCGGGGGGAUAAUUGUACAUUUUUUUGAAUUAUCAUGGCAGGCAUAACAUGGUAUACUCAUGUAUUUAAGAGGUGAUUCUGUAUUCUUUUCAAAUCCACAAUCUUCCAAUCUCUUUAAAACCAGUGCCAUUGAAACUUUUGUCUUGUUGCAUCUGAUACAAAAGCUAAAGUGAAAUGUGCACAUUGUUCAAGUGUUGUAAAUAUCAGAAAAUUCAGAAAGAGAGGUGGCUUAAAAUUAGAUGUAAACUCAGGAAUUAAAUUUUUUUCCCUCCUCCACAAAAAGCUAAGGCAAGAAAGCUAAAGGAUUUUGUUGCUGAAAAUCCUCUUUCAGUUGGGUAAACAUUGGACCAAUGUUCAGAAGCUCCAGUAAAAUAGCUCUUUUCCAUCAUAAUGCUCCAUUUCGAUUCUUUGUGAACAGUAACACUAGACUCAAGUGAAAUCCAUAUCUACUUGCAUCUCACUGAAACAUACUGGAGAAUAAUGUUGUCCUUGCUCCAGACAGAAAAAGUCAACUUUCUAGCCCAUCAGAUAUGACACUUUGUCAAAUCAAGCACUAAAAUUCACUUUAAGGUGCCAGCAAGGAACUCUACGCAGCUGUUGUUUCCAAUGAAGGCUCCUCUUUGGAGGGUAUAUUAGACCAGCAAGGUCCCCCUUUGAGUCCCUCUAUGUCUUUGCACAUCAAUGGCAAAGCUCCCAGGCCAAGUCCACUUUUCUUGGCCUCAAGUUGCAGCUGAUUUAUGGAGACCCCUGAGAGGGUUUUCAAGGUAAGAGAUGUUGAGAGGUGGUUUGCCGUUGCUUGCCUCGGCACAGAAACCCUGGACUUCCUUGGUGGUCCCCCAUCCAUGCACUAGCCAGGGCUGGCCGGGCUUGGCUUCUGAGAUCUGUCCAGAUCGGGCUACCCUGGGCUAUCCAGGGCACAAUCCACAUUUUCCAGAGGAGAUUUCCUGCAUGCAUCCACAGGGCACGGAUACAUACUUCUAAAGAGAGUAACAAUCCAUGGUAGCCUUCAGCUGGAAACAUAAAUGUGCAUUUUGACAACAGGAUGUCUGGGUACUUUUUUUUUUUUUGCACAAGUAACUUCAGAAGGGGCUCAGGGUAAAAUCUAAAAGGUAUAAAGAAUUAUAGACAUCUUUCAGGUUGUUGUUCAACUGGUAAUCUCAGGAUAAACACUCACAUACAAUAAUCUGUUGCCAUCACUGAAACAAAAAACAUAAAACCAGCCUUACCAUUGUAUGACAUUUACACACAUCUCUCCACAAUCAGGUGUGUACAAUUAUGACUGUGUACAGAAAGGUUAAUGUGAACCAGGCUGCAUGUGGAGGGAGGCGACAGGUGUCACAAAUCACAGCUGCAGGGACAAGGGCAAGCACGUGGGCAGGGAUGGCUGCUGCCCCCGCUCAUACCCAUUCGCCCGCAUGAGGCAGGCAAUCACACAGAGCAGUUUGACCUUGUGAACCAGCCUUGCUGUGGCUACUUCCAAAAGGCAGGUUUAAUUAAAUUUUGUAAUGCUUAACUAGAAAAAAAUAAACUGGCUACUUCAACUGGUUAAAGUUGUCUUCACGGCACUUAAGAAACAUUUUUUAAAGGAGGCAGAGCUUUCUGUUACAAUGCAUCUUUUUUUGCCUCAAUUUAUUUAUGGUGUUCAGGAAUUAUUCUCUAAACAAUAUUUUUCCUAAGGUACCUUCUUCAAGAUAGAGCGUCUUUUAUCUGGGAGUGGUAUGAAAUCAGUUGUUACCUUUAAAAGGAAAUAUAAUGAAGCAUUUGAUGUUAUGAAAGUUUGUUUUGGCACAACUGGAUGUUGUAACUUUUUGUCAAGCAUGUUAGACAAAUAAAAAUCUUUUAAGAUCUUG